CGAGCGUAGCAAACUCCACCCAGCAGAUAGGAUCCCGGGCAGGCGGAGCGGAGGGCAGAUUGUGCCGAAAGGGCUCGGGCUGGUUGGUCGGGACGCUAGACAAGUCCCGCAGAAAACUUCAGAGGGGCAAAGUCCAGCCUGAGUGUGUGGGAGACACGAGUGGAAGUUAAUGCGCGAGAGCGCGCUAGGAACAAAAUCACAUGUCAUUUUAAAGAAAUGCUCCAAAGAUGGCGGUGGUAAUAGCGACGGCAGUUUCAGGUGCCCCCGGAGUGCAUAAAAGUGGAUUUGCGGAGGUUUUGGUGCGGGAGCGGUGGCACAAAGUUUUGGUCAAGGUGAACGAGGAAGCGCUCACGUUAAGCUGCGAGGAGAGCAGCGGUAACGACAACGCGAACGACAAUGUCAACUCCAACGGCGUUACCAACGGAUCUUACCUUGAUAACAAUAACACCAACUCCAACAACGGCCAAACUGUGCGCACCGCGUUCACGGACCUCCCGGAGCGAGUGCCCGAGGCAAUCGCCAACAGAAAGCGGUGCGUUAAGGUGACCAAGCAAGAGGUCGGAGGACUUGGGAUCAGCAUCAAAGGGGGGAAGGAGAAUAAAAUGCCCAUCCUCAUCAGUAAGAUAUUCAAGGGGCUCGCAGCGGACCAGACCCAGGCUCUGUACGUCGGGGACGCCAUCCUGUCCGUGAACAGCAUGAACCUGCGGGACGCGACCCACGACGAGGCUGUGCAGGCGCUGAAACGGGCCGGGAAAGAGGUGACACUGGAAGUGAAGUACAUGCGUGAGGCCACACCAUACGUCAAAAAGGGGUCCCCUGUGUCCGAGAUUGGCUGGGAAACCCCCCCUCCUGAGUCUCCCCGUCUCGGGAGCCCUCCUAUCACCUCCUCCUCCUCAUCUGACCCUCCGAGCCCUGCUACCCAGCCCUCCCUGUCCCUGCAGGGCGACAGGAGAUGCAUACCACUCAAGAUGUGUUAUGUAACCCGAGCCAUGACCACACCAGACCCUGACAACAGACAACUGGAGCUGCACUCCCCUGACGCCAGGCACACCGUGGUGCUGCGGUGCCCAGACCAGCCAUCUGCCCUGUCCUGGUUCUCUGCCAUGCACUCUGUUACAUCCUCGCUGGCACAGCGGGCACUGGCAGAGGUCAUCCAGAACACAGCCAGGACAGGGGUUGCGGGCAGUAAAGAGAUACGACACCUGGGAUGGCUGGCAGGGAAGACAGAGAGUGAGAAGCAGUGCUGGAAACCGGUGCUGGUGGUGGUGACAGAGAAAGACCUGCUGCUAUAUGACAGUCUUCCACGAGGCAAGGAGGCCUGGCAGAGCCCUGCACACACUUAUCCACUUUUAGCAACACGUCUGGUCCACUCGGGCCCUGACCGGGGCUCGCCUCACUCUGGCACGGAGCUGUUCUUUGCCACUCGGACCGGCACACGACUUGGCAUCGAGACUCACCUGUUUCGGGCUGAGACCACCAAAGAACUGUCCCUGUGGACCAGGCAUAUAGUCAACGGAUGUCACGCCUCAGCUGAGAUGAUCAAAGAAGUCACUACAAGUUGUCUAUAUCGGGGUCAGGAGUGCCGGCUGGUGAUUCACUACGAACACGGCUUCUCUGUGCUGGCUGACCCCAAAGUGGGAGACGGGGAGAAUGGGGACAAGAGGGGAGCUCACACACCUAGCAGGCCCCGGGUGCUCCUCUCCUACCCAUACGAAAAGCUAAAGAUGUCCUCAGAUGAUGGCGUUCGAAUGCUCUUCCUUGACUUUGGAGGGAAGGAGGGGGAGAUUCAAUUGGACCUCCAUUCAUGUCCAAAGACGAUUGUUUUCAUCCUCCACUCCUUCCUCUCUGCUAAGAUUGCCCGCCUGGGUCUGGUGGCCUGACCUCUCUAAAGGGACAUUUCAUCUCCUUUGAAAUCCACCUUGUUUCUUCACCUCUCUGCAGCAUGCUUGCAGUACACCACAUCCAACUCCUUCAGUCGGGGACCCAAGCUGAGUGAAUGUAGCCUAUCACUAAAAAUGUAUGUUCUUUGGGUCUCCAAUUGCAAGUUAAAGAAACACUGGAGAAACCGAUCCAGAUUGGUUUUGCUUUUAGUGAAAUGCACAGACCAGCCUUUUAAGGGCUGCAUGGACUGAAGUGUUGGCUGAAGAACCACAGAAGAAAACGUGGAAUGGACUAGAAGCAGAAGGAUGAUGUAUACAGACGGAGGGACACAUUUAAAGUAGCAGAUUGGGCAUUACUGUCACGUCCAGGAUGGGAAGGACUGGACAUGUGCAGAGCGGUUGAGAUUAAUUCACUUUUAAUUCAAUCAAAAUGUAAUGGCAAACUGCCUUCCAUUUACCAAUUAUAUAAUUUAUUCACCAUUAGCUCUGAAAGGACAUUCUGAAUUUCACUCUGUCAUUUUUCUUCACCAAUCACUUGACACACUGUGGAAAAACUUUAUGCAUUUGUCUUUGUUAGUGUUCCCUGAAAUGUCUUGUUAGCGGUGUCAGCAUUCAUCAUUGAAACUGGGGGGCACAAUCUCCCACAAUGUGACAGCUGACUCAAAUUCAAAAUGUCACAGUAUUCUUUUAACAGGUUGCAUAUGGUGACCAUCUGGUGGUCAGAGUAUUUCAGUGUUUGACACGUCAUUUGAAGUCAUGUCUUCAAAUGUAUAAAAACAACAAUUAACAUUAA